AUGUAUUGCCAUAGUGCUCGAGCACAGGCCACAUUUGCCUCUCUGGACCUGGCUGCGUCUCUCUCCAUCAUGAAGCCUAUUUUUGGAGCCGUGCUAAAAUAUGCGGUGAGACCAGACGAGCGCAUUGUAACAGGGGACGCUUGGGUUUACUCCACGGGACCGGAGAUUCGCACCUCGACACGCCCCCCCCAGGUGACAGCCCAGCGCCCCCAGCCAGAGCGGGAGGGGAGGAGGCUGUGGAUCCAGGGCAGAGAGCAGACUGGCAGCAGCAGCCCGGAGAAACCGAAAGAGAAAACUUACCAUCAACUCGUGGUGCUGCUGAAAAACCACUUUGACCCGAAACCAAGUGAAAUCGUGCAGAGGUACAAGUUUGAUUCCCGUAGUCGUAACCAGAAUGAGAGUGUUAUGGAUUACGUGGCCGAGCUGCGGAGGCUGGCGCAGGAUUGGGAUGGUCCCACUCUACUGGGCAGAGGCUGGCUGGAGGACAUUCAGCUGGAUUGGAAGGAGGUGAAAGCCAGGCGUGAAGCUCGUCAGGUUCACCAUGUCCACUCAGGGAAGAAGACAACACUGCGGGAAGUGCUGUGCAAUAAUGAGUGGCGGCCUCCCAACCUCCCUCACCUCCAGCCAACGAGCCCCAGGACCGUGGAUCCUGGUCCAGCCCGAGCGGAGCCCCUGAUUCAGCCUCAGCUCCAGCCUCCUCAGCCUCCUCCAGCCACAGGAGCUGAACCUCAUCCAGGGCUGAUGGCAGCGAAGAGGAGGCAGAUGCCCGGGCAGUGGGAGCAGGGCAGUGUCGACCAGACGACCACGGCUACUUCAUCAUAG